AUGAUAGCCCCCUUCCCAGCGUGCACCACUCCAAUUCUCCUGACCAAUCAGAGACCCAGGUACAGGCCAGAUGAGGUCCCAUUCUUUCUGCCACCCCGAUUUAAACCAACUCUCAGGAGCAAGGAGGGGGAGGAAGAGGGACGGAAGGACCUCAGCAACACCCAUCGUGGAUCUCUCACAGUAGAGAGCUGGUAUCCAAUAGGUAGUGUAAGGGCAGGUCUGUACUGGGUCCCUGAUGUCAGUGAGGUGUCACCCCCUCCUGGUCGUGCUGUGCAACUGUGCUUCUCAGUGGCCUAUCGCCAUGACAACGAACAGCUUUAUGUCUCGCUGCUCCGCCUGAGAAACUUGCCAACAUGUUUCUAUAGUAACGACACACUGGCAGAACUGCGACUUCUCCCUGACGACCGUCGCCGACACAAGGCCAGGGCCCGAUGCAGGGGUCGCGACACUGAGUUUAACGACAGCUUUGUGUUCCAGGUAUCGGGUGUGUGUGUAUCUGAGAGUGUGCUCAGUGUGUGCGUGUUGAGUGUGGAUCAGGGAGGCAGGCACCAUGCGGUGGGCAGGGUUCUGUUCCCUAUUGAAGGGGAGCUGGGGGAGGGGGGUAGGCUGCUCUGGAGAGACCUCGAGACUAAGGCCGAAAUGCAGUGUUCAGGUCUUGGUGAUAUUCAGGUGUCUCUGAACUAUAGUCCGUCUCUACAACGCCUCACUGUGGUCAUACUGAGAGCCCGCAGCCUGCAGAUACACACUGACACAGGCAUGUGUUUUCAGGUGAGCCUACAGAUCCACACUCGGGUAGUUAAAUCCAGACGGACGCCAGUGGUUAGUAGUGGAGCUGACCCUGGCUUCAACCACAAGAUGACCUUUAAGCUUCGCCCCUCUCAGCUCGACCAGACCAGUCUGACCUUGGAGCUGAUUGGAUCAGGCCUUACCCCAGUAGGUGUGGUGGUGCUGGGGCCAUUCAUGUAUGCCAGGGGGCCUCAGCUUCAGCACUGGACUGACAUGGUCAAUACACCCAACGAACUGGUCAAACAGUGGCAUGGACUAGGCAAGCCCACAUAACACACACACACACAGCAAGAUCAUUUAUUUAAUUGUCAACAUUUUUCACAGGAGUCUUUAACAAUAAAUAAAUUCCUUGCUCCA